AUGUCGCACAAUAAUUACAAUCAUAUACUGAGUAACCUCUGCCCCGGGGACUCGACAGCAGAGAGGCAAGAAACCUUGAGCCGUGAACGAGUAGGGAAGCUGGGAAGCUGGUUUGUGGAAGACAGACUAACGCAAGAAUGGAUCAACGGCUCUGGUCUACAGCUUCUCUGGGCUUACGGACCGGCUGCAACGGGGAAGACAUAUAUCAGCUCCCUUGUUGUUGAUCAUAUCCGCUCAAAGGAGAGCCGAUCAGGAAUUGCAGUAUUCUAUUUUGAUGACAGCCAUCCGCAGUAUAAUGUUGCGGAUUUUGGUGUUGCAUUCCGUUCAAUAUCUAGACAGCUUGUGGCUCAACUUACUGACCCUUCUGCUGAUAUCAUUAAUCUAGCAGAAGGGUACGCUGCCUUUGGCUCUCUAGAUGGAAGUAAACCUACCGGACUGUGGAACCUGAUCAUCUCGUCUUUUGACUCGAUCUUCGUGGUAUUCGAUGCUGUCAAUGCUUCUGAAGCUGCACUGAAGGAUAUGCUCGUCUACCUUGGAGGUAACGAUGUUCAGGAGGCUCGUUUGCGCAUUCUUAUAACCAGUCGCUAUCCGUCACCCCGUUCACUUCUCCGAACCUACGAACUGCCAACCAUAGUAACGAGGGCAAGCGACAAUGACCUCAUGAAUUACAUCGUACACGAAGUAGGAGCUACAUCAGGCGAAAAACUCUUAUCUCCCAUACUAAAAGCCGGUCAUAAGGCUGUGUCUGAUAUUAUUCGGAUGUUGGACGGCGUCUUCCCGCCACUACCUCAACACAGAACCAUUCCAGAUACAUUGAAUGAGCUAACUCAAGUCCUAUAUAAUGAACCACCUUCGACAAAGCCCAACACGCUUAGCCAGCUCGCAUUAGCUCCUUUAGCAAAAGCAGAGCACGGACGAAAUACCCUUCACAUGCUCCACCUAGUCUCGACACUAGAAGAAAUCGGCUAUAAGCCGACAAUAUCCCAGGUUGUGGACUCCCUACCUUUUCUCGGCAUAUACAAGAAAGAGAACCUUCACUACACCUCCUCCGAUGUGGCAAACAUGUGUACUCGCCUUGUCUCUUUCAGCGCUCGCACCCAAGCGAUGCGAAUCCGGUCCUCUCUUCUCAAGAACCAUUUACGCGAAGAAGUUUCCAAAAGCAAUAUCAAAGGGACAAUGCUUCGUGCUGCCCUGUCUUACCUAUCACAGGAGGACUUCCAAAGUGGAGCCUGUAAUUCAUCAGCGAGUCUAAAGAAGCGAUUCCAAAUCCAUCCGUUCCUCCCAUUCGCUGCACGGAUGAUAUCACUCUAUACCUCCAGGGUACCUCACCAACAGGAAGCUCUUGACGACUUCCUGCGAUUCGCAUCUCACCGUGGCUCAAUUGACACCUACCUUCAGGCAGCAGAUGCCUGGCCAUAUCAGGAUGAUGACAGCUAUGACGAGCUUGAAAGCACUGAACAGCGCUGGGCGUAUUUUCCGCGUGGUUAUGGACCGCUCCAUGUUGCUGCUCAUAUUGUAGGUGGACGUGCGUUUGUUAAGGCUCUACUCCAACAGGGGGAGGAUAUCGAGGCAAAAUCAGGUAAUGGGCAGACGGCAUUACAUAUUGCUGCUGGGAUCGAAGAUGAAUCUGAAACGGCGAGGACUCUUCUUGAAUAUGGAGCCAAUGUAUCAGCGGUUGAUGACGAUGGAGAGACACCGCUAUCUAUUGCUGUUGUCCAGGGGGCUCUGGAGACGGUAAAGCUACUUGUGGAGUUUGGUGCUGAUGUUGGGAGACUUGAUACGUCUAUACUUGUGGAAUGUGCUGAGGAGAGGAGAGAUGUUGUUGAGUAUUUGACUAGUUUGGGGGUGGACUUUCCGGAUGGUGUUGAUGAUGCAAUGGAGGAGGAUAAGGAGAACUGA